AAAAAGCAUCGCCAACCUUAGGUCUACAUCGAAUGCCUGCUGCCACAUCCCCGUGCCAAUGAAUUAUCAUUGCAUUCCUAUGUCUGCUAGUGGACACACUGAACGAAAGCCAUAGGCUACCGGUUCUGAAAGCGACCAGGAGUCCUUCCACGGGGCUGCACGUUUUUUUUUCCAGGAGCACCAACCUGACAUUUACUGUGGCGAUUUAGCCCCCUGGAUCAUGGCACAAACUAACAGCGUCGGGCAGGGGACCAAUGGGGUAGCAGAUGAGUCGCCCAACAUGAUUGUGUACAGAAAGAUGGAAGAUUUUAUAGCCCGAAUGCAGGAUGACAAAAACGGAAUCCCUAUCCGCACGGUGAAAAGUUUUCUGUCCAAGAUCCCCAGUGUAUUUUCAGGUUCCGACAUCGUGCAGUGGAUGAUCAAGAACCUAAACGUGGAAGACCAAGUGGAGGCCCUGCACCUGGGGACCCUGAUGGCUGCGCACGGCUACUUCUUCCCCAUCUCAGACCACGUCCUCACUCUCAAAGACGACGGCACCUUCUACCGGUUUCAGACUCCCUACUUUUGGCCGUCAAAUUGCUGGGAACCCGAAAACACAGACUAUGCCGUUUACCUCUGCAAAAGAACAAUGCAAAACAAAGCCCGUCUGGAGCUCGCUGACUACGAGGCUGAAAGCCUGGCCAGGCUACAGAGGGCCUUUGCCAGAAAAUGGGAGUUUAUUUUUAUGCAAGCAGAAGCACAAGCAAAAGUGGACAAGAAGAGAGAUAAAAUUGAGCGAAAAAUACUCGACAGUCAGGAGAGAGCAUUCUGGGAUGUGCACAGACCCGUGCCCGGAUGUGUAAACACGACAGAAGUUGACAUUAAGAAGUCGUCCAGAAUGAAAAACCCCCACAAGACUAGAAAGUCUGUUUACGGGCUCCAGAAUGACGUGCGGAGCCACAGCCCGACCCACACGCCGGCCCCGGAGGCCAAGCAGCCCACAGAGGAGGAGCUGCAGGAACAGAUCACCUUUUGGCAAGUGCAAUUGGACCGGCAUCGACUGAAGAUGUCCAAAGUGGCAGAGAGCUUGCUGGCUUACACGGAGCAGUACAUUGAAUACGACCCGUUCCUGACGCCGUCAGACCCCUCCAACCCCUGGAUAUCAGAUGACAACGCCAUCUGGGAGCUAGAAGCCAGUAAGGAGCCGGGCCAGCAGAGAGUCAAGAGGUGGGCUUUCGGGAUAGAUGAAGUCCUCAAAGACCCCAUUGGCAGAGAACAAUUCCUCAAGUUCCUGGAGUCAGAGUUCAGCUCAGAGAACCUAAGAUUCUGGUUGGCCGUCCAGGAGCUGAAGAAGCGUCCCAUCAGAGAGGUCCCCAGCCGGGUGCAGGAGAUAUGGCAGGAGUUCCUGGCCUCCGGGGCGCCCAGUGCCAUCAACGUGGACUCCAAGAGCUACGCAAAGACCACCCAGAAUGUCAAAGACCCCGGCCGCUACGCCUUUGAGGACGCGCAGGAGCACAUCUACAAGCUGAUGAAGAGCGAUUCCUACAGUCGCUUCAUCCGUUCUAGUGCCUACCAGGAGCUAUUACAAGCCAAGAAGAAGAAAAGUAAGAACUUGUUCUGAAGGAUUUUGCUUCCAGGGGAACCUCCCACCACCGAAGAGACAGAAGAUUCUUGUGCCAUCAUGCUACAACCAACGUAAU